AUGCCAAUCGCAGCCACGGGUCAGCCGACAACUCAGGAGCCUCGCGUUUAUUCUCAGCUGCCCGCAACCCCAGAUCCCAUUCCGAAACGGGCUAAUUUAUGUGACGACACGGGGGCACAGUCGCAAGAGCACACAGAAUACGGGGGUUCAGAGGGGGGCAGGGGAGCUGGGAGCCAUAGCCAGAGCAGCGCUAGGGUUUCUGUAGUGCUCGGAGCCUCCUCGCCGUCGCAUUCCCCUCCUACAUCCUCCCCCCUCGUCUCCCCCUUCCACCAUCACCCCAACUCCAUAGCAAUGGAGCCCCCAAGGACUCGAUCGCGUUCACGGUCUGGAUAUUAUCCAUACGGCGUGAAUGGUGGAUCUAAUGGUACCACUAACAACGGCAGUGGCAACGUUCAGAAUUCUGCCGGAGGAAUCGGCGCGAGCCACCACCACCAUCACCAGCAGCAACAACAGCACAACUCCGGAUGCGUUCCGCUCGGAGCUCACGGCCACACGGAAAACCUGCGCCCGCCUGGAAGCAUUCUGUCCCCUGGAAACCACAGACACACAGGCCGCUCCGGAGCAGGAGCUAUGGGAGGAGUGUAUCACUGCCAUCCAGAACAUGCCUGUACAGACGCCAACGACAAGACGGAAGACAGCCCCAGUCCGAAAAGACAACGGCUGUCCCAGCAGUCAGUCUUGGAGCUGACCUCAGCUCCACCCUCCACACCCUCUCCACCAAUGAGGCCCUGGGAACUCCCACCUAGUCGCAGACCACACCCUUAUCCCCACCCCCACUACCACCCCGAACGCUGCCACACACCUGCGCGACACAGACGAAGCCCCCCAGUGAGACGUCAGCGAGGUCGAAGGGAGCGUUUGUCAAGGCACCACCCCCCUCACCACAGCUCCCCCGGCGGGGGCCAGGACGAAAAUUACCGCCACCCUCCCCACCCGCCCCACCCACACCAGCUCCACCCCUACGGACAGCCCCCUCCCCCUCCCGGCCUAGACGAACCCCACGCCUUCCACCCCCCAACCCUGUCGCCGCGCCUGCUCCACCCCCAGCAACAGGGCGCCGUGGUGAUGGACCUUCACGACCAGCUCCCUCAGGGAACAGUGCCUGUAUCGUAUACAGUGUCUCCUGUACCCCCCCACGGUUUGCCACCUCCUCUCUGCACAGGACAGCAUCUCCCAGCAUGCUCCUCUCAGCAGCAGGUUCCUGCCUGUUCAGUGGUCUUCAGCGGUCAGCAACACUACCCAGUCUGCAGCGUCCCUCCUCCUAUGCUGCAGACGUGUUCGGUGCAGCACCUGCCUGUCCCGUACGGCUUCCCCUCUCUCCUGUCCAGUGACCCAGCCUUUCUGCUCCACCCCCCGCACCUGUCACACCACCCACCACACCUACCUCCACCCAGCCAGUUCCUGCCCUUCCAGACACAACAGUCCCGAUCGCCGUUACAGAGGAUCGAGAACGAGGUGGAGCUGCUAGGGGAUCACCUGUCGGUGGGUGGGGGGUUUAACUACCCCCACUCUGGCCACCCCAGCCCCUUGCCUCCCUCUACCCCGCUGCAGUUCCUCUCCCACGACCCUCUGCCUCAGGAGCUCUUCGGAGUGCCGUAUCCUCACUUUAUGCCUCGCAGAAUCGCGGGCCGGCGGUACCGUUCCCAACAGACCGUUCCUCCACCCCCUUACCACCCCAGCCUCCUGCCCUACUUCCUCUCGGUGCUGCCUGUCCAGCCGACUGCAGUGGGCCCUGCCAUCAGCCUGGAGCUGGACGUGGACGAUGGAGAGGUGGAAAAUUACGAGGCUCUGCUGAACCUGGCAGAGAGACUUGGAGAAGCUAAGCCCAGAGGUUUGACUAAAGCUGACAUAGAACAACUACCAUCCUACAGAUUCAACCCCAGCAACCACCAGUCUGAACAGACACUAUGUGUGGUGUGUAUGUGUGACUUUGAGUCUCGUCAGCUCUUGAGAGUUCUGCCCUGCAGUCACGAGUUCCACGCCAAAUGUGUUGACAAGUGGCUUAAGGCUAACAGAACAUGUCCAAUCUGCCGGGCGGACGCUUCGGAAGUGCAGCGGGAUUCCGAGUGA